AUGGGUUGUUGUCAAUCAAACGAAGUGCAUGACGGAAAAGCCCGUAAUGAAGAAAUCGAUAACAUAAUCAAGCGUGAUAAACUGAAUAUGAGAAAUGAAGUGAAAAUGUUGUUGUUGGGCGCUGGUGAAUCAGGCAAAUCAACUAUAUUGAAGCAAAUGAAACUGAUCCAUGAUGGUGGCUACUCUCGUGAUGAGAGAGAAGCAUUUAAAGAAAUCAUUUUUUCAAAUGCAGUACAAUCUAUGCGUGUCAUUUUGGAAGCCAUGGAUAACAUGGGCGUUUCAUUUUCUGUUCCUCAAAACAAGCAUCAUGCUUCAAUUAUCCUUGAUUUACCAACACAGAUCGAGCGUGAAUCACUUCCUCCAGAGGUUGUAUUAGCUAUAAAGACUCUGUGGAAAGAUCCCAAUCUCCUAAGUGUGUUUGAUAGGAGUCGUGAAUAUCAACUGAAUGACUCGGCUAAAUAUUACUUUGAUUCUAUCGACCGUAUCGGAGAAGUCAGUUAUGUGCCAACAGAUCAGGAUGUGCUUCGAUCACGUGUCAAGACAACGGGUAUCACAGAAACCACAUUUGUCAUUGAAAAUUUGACUUACCGCAUGUUUGACGUGGGUGGACAGCGAUCAGAACGUAAAAAGUGGAUCCACUGCUUUGAAAAUGUUACAGCCAUUAUUUUCUUGGUGGCUAUAUCCGAAUACGAUCAGGUGCUGAUUGAAGAUGAGACUGUGAACCGUAUGCAAGAAGCAUUGACUCUCUUUGACUCAAUUUGUAAUUCACGUUGGUUCGUCAAGACAUCAAUUAUCCUCUUCUUGAAUAAGAUUGACAUCUUUAAAGAGAAAUUACAAAAGCACCCUCUAAAGGAAAGCUUCAGUGACUAUACAGGUCCUGAGACAUACGAAAGUGCUAGGGAUUAUAUUCUUAAUAGAUUUGUAUCCUUAAACCAGUCAGAUUCUAAACAGAUUUAUUCUCAUUUUACAUGUGCAACGGAUACAGAGCAAAUUAAGUUCGUUAUGGCUGCCGUUAAUGAUAUUAUUAUUCAAAAUAACUUGCGUGAUGUUGGUCUAUUAUAA